AUGUUCCCACUCAAACUGAUUGUUUUUGCUGCCUUGGUUUCCAUUGGUGCUGCAGGACCAUGGGGAAUGAUAUGUGCUGGAAAUCCUUCAAACAAAAUAAGGGGCUGUGACAGAUUUGGCUGUGGACAUUACGGAACUUCAAUAACUGGCAGAAGGCACCGAGGGGUGGACGUAAUAUGCAAAGACGGAUCAACAGUGUAUGCUCCUUUUAGUGGCACUAUUGAGAGACGAGUAAACCCCUAUAGAAGGAAUAAUGCCAUUAAUAAUGGCAUCCAACUUCGUGGAUCAGGUUUCUGCAUACAUAUGUUCUUCAUCAGGCCAGUUACAUACAGAGGUCGGAUCAAGAAGGGGCAAAAAAUUGGAGUAAUGCUGCCAAUGCAAAGCAUAUAUCCUGGUAUAACAUCUCAUGUUCACGUCCAGAACUGUGACCGCUCAAAUCCCACUCGCAAUUUAUAA